AUGAAUACGUUUAAAAAUAAAAUUAACUAUGAAAGCCCUUGUGAUUCUGAUAACGACUGGACCAAUUCAUCAGAUGACUCAAAAUAUUCUGAAUCUGAGAGUAGUUCAGUUCCAGAUUGGGAUUCCGAUAUAGCUGAAGAUGGAGAACUUAUUUAUAUUAAAUCCAAGUCGAACGACGACAAUUCAGAGAUUUCUAAGGCACCAUUGCUUGAAAAUUGUGAGACUUUUAAAUUACGAAAUGACUUUAAAAGGUCAUCAACCAGGCGGUCGAAAGGAAAAAUUUUCCGAGUUCUGAAGAGUCGAAAAAUUAGAAACAAAAAUGCUGGUAAUGAAAAGAAAAACGAUAUAGGGGACAAUAAUAAAUUUAUUAUUGUGCAGGUCAGCAAGAAUAUGAUAUUCAGUAGCGAGAAAAAUUGUCAAAUAGAAAAAUUAUUUGGUAUUAGUUUAGAAACACAUGCCGAUGGAAAAACAUUAGUUGUGUCUGAUUUUUUACCAGAAGCAAAGGCUAUAUAUACAUCAAAGGUCAAAACUGGUUAUUAUUUACAAAAAAUCAAUGGAAUUGAUGUAACUUCUCACAACAUAAAUAAUGUUCUCCAGAGAGUUAAAGAAGAUGUAGACAAUCCAAAACUUUUAUUUCAAGCUGUAACUCAAGGCUUUAAUAUAGAUAUUGAAAAAUUGCUUCUGAGUAAAAAUGCUCAAGAAAAUUCUCUUACUCAGUUGCUGAGAGACUCAAUGUGUUCUAUUUUGUAUGUAUGUGGAAAUGAUGUUGACUACCAAAGUAAUGAUGACAAUGUUCUCUAUUGUUACCCAAGACCAUUUAACCAGAACUUUUUAUAUAAUACAAGAGGUGCUUAUUUAACACUUAAUCAUUUGGCACCAAAAUCUUUAGGAACCAGUGAACCAGUCCUAUCUUCAGUAUUACAUAAGAAUAUUUUAAUAAACAUAGCAUAUGCUUCACAUUACAGUGAUCUACUGCUUGUAGCAUUACCUAAUAGUGCUAUUGAUGUUUUUGCUGCUAAGAGAGUUAUUACUGAUAUUAUAAGAUUGUUAGAAUUCUUGUAUGGCUCUCUUAAAAUAUGUUUUACAAAACCAAAUAAUGUAGAUAAAUUGGACAGUUUGUUUUCAAGGAUAUUUAUUAUUUUACUAAUGGGAAAUAAAGACAGUUCUAAAGUUAACAAUUACAUAUAUACAGAAGCACAUGCUGUAUCACUUCCUUUGGAUGUAAAAAUCCAAGUAGAUGAUGCUAUUACUGAAUUAGAGGCAGCUGAUUAUAGAGAAUGGACAGACAAUGUUGAAAACUUCCAACGUUUGUACACUGUAAUUGGAUCCUGUUUAUACUAUUCUGGUCACCUAUUAAGCUCACACUUACAGGAUGAAGAUUUAAAGGAAAUCAAUGCAUAUUUAAAGUUAAAUGGCAUUAUGAAAUUGAGUUCAGAAAAAGAGUUAGGGAAACUUGUUAUGUGGAAAGAAGUUUUUAUUAAUGAAAGUAGGAAACAGAACAAAAAUGAUGGCAAUGAAUACAGAAUUCCAGAUGGCAGAUGGUUUAUUCUGAUAGUGGGGAAAGGUCACUUUAUUUUGGCAACACUGAUGGAAGCAGGUGGUUGUACUGAGGAUGCCAUAGGGGUGAUUCCACCUUCCGCGUUUUAUGUCGAAGAAUGUGAAAGUUGUCUAGAACUGUUGUUUGAAGUUGGAUUAGACAAGUAUCUGCCAUCGUGGUUUGCUUCCAACACGCAACCACAGGUUGAAAUCUGUCCAGAAAAUCUUACUAAACAAGGGAAGAGAAACCGUGAAGUGGGAUCUUCAAAACUGGACAUCAAGAAUAGUUUUAAGACAAAAAACAUGGAAAUAAAACGUAGGAACAAUUCAACUGAAUUAAAAACAGGUUCAGCAGAUAAUAUUCACUCACAAAGUUUGUAUGGUCAAUGGUAUAAUACACAGAAGUACAGACAUUCCAGUUUAGAUGUAACUUAUUCAGAAGAUUCUGGAAGUUUAAAGAGUAACAGUGAAAUAAGCGAGGAUCGCGUCAUUGGUAGACGAGCUGACAGAGAACAAAUGAAUAGAAGAGAUUCAUCAGGUUCAGAUUCUGAUUGGGACAAACAGGAUUGUAGCAGAUCAAGCAAUAUAGAAAUUUCAGAUAUUCGUAAAUCUUUACUUGAUGGCCUCAACAACCAUAUCACAGUUCACAGAUUAACAGCUGGUGAUGAGAAUGUUUUAUUUCACUUCAUGAACUUGGAAUCUGAAAAGGGUAUAUUGAUAGCUCCGGUUAACAAUAUAGGUGAACAAGCAAACAGCCUACUGUAUUCAUAUAUAGUACAGACAUUUAAAAAAUCAUUUAAGAAAAUUCAUGAUUUACUGCAACACAAUGUUAGGUUUAAAAAAAGUCAGAUACCCUCAAAUAAUCUGAAUAAGAUUCUGGUUGCUGUAAAAGAGUAUGGAAUGCUUUUUGAUGUGCCACAAGAUGUGCUAGUACAGUGUGGUAUUAGUAAGAAAAAUUGUGGACCAUUCCAAUUUUGGGUUGUCGGGCGUGUAUUCAGUGAGCCAGAGCCUCGCGAGCUGUAUGUUUGUUAUCAUGAGUCCAUUCCACAAGACCUCACCGACAUAGCUUAUUUAUUAUCAUACUUAGAAUAG